AUGGCGACUAUGACUAUGACGGCUACAGUGCCGAAGAAAACCGCGAAAAAGAACGCCAAGAGUGUCCCCGAGAACGAGCGAUACAUGCGAGCCUGCUCUGAUAUCGCCAAUAUACUCAUUCAGGAAUAUGAAGCGUCGAGAGAUUCAACUAAGCCGAAGAAGGAUAUCAACUUGAACAAGCUGCGUGGUCAAGUCGCGAAGAAGCACCACUUGUCAAACCAACCGCCACUCACAGCCAUCAUUGCAGCCGUGCCAGAACAUUACAAGAAAUAUAUUUUGCCGAAACUGAUUGCGAAGCCUAUUCGUACCUCCUCUGGAAUUGCCGUUGUUGCGGUUAUGUGCAAACCUCACCGAUGCCCCCACAUUGCUUAUACCGGUAACAUUUGUGUCUACUGUCCCGGUGGCCCCGACUCCGAUUUCGAAUACUCAACUCAAUCCUACACCGGAUAUGAGCCGACUUCCAUGCGCGCGAUUCGCGCUCGGUACGACCCGUUCGAACAAGCGCGAGGACGAGUUGACCAAAUCAAGUCUCUGGGACACAGUGUGGACAAGGUCGAAUAUAUUAUCAUGGGUGGAACUUUCAUGUCCCUUCCUGAGGACUACCGUGACACUUUCAUUUCUCAGCUUCACAAUGCCUUGAGUGGAUAUCAGACAGAUAACGUUGAUGAGGCCGUGCUGGCUGGUGAAAUGAGUAACGUCAAGUGUGUGGGUAUUACCAUCGAAACUCGACCAGAUUAUUGUCUGGACACACACUUGAGCAGCAUGCUUCGGUACGGCUGCACUCGUCUGGAGAUCGGUGUGCAGAGUCUUUAUGAGGAUGUUGCCCGUGACACAAACCGAGGACAUACCGUCGCUUCUGUGGCCGAGACUUUUAAGCUUUCCAAGGAUGCUGGCUUUAAGGUUGUUAGCCACAUGAUGCCUGAUUUGCCUAAUGUCGGUAUGGAGCGUGAUCUAUUCCAAUUCCAGGAGUAUUUCGAGAACCCCGAUUUCCGCACUGAUGGUCUUAAGAUCUAUCCUACACUCGUCAUUCGAGGCACUGGUCUCUAUGAAUUAUGGCGAACCGGUCGUUAUAAGAACUACACCCCUAAUGCCCUGAUUGAUCUGGUCGCUCGAAUCCUGGCAUUGAUCCCCCCAUGGACCCGUAUUUACCGAGUUCAACGUGAUAUCCCCAUGCCGCUGGUCACCUCUGGUGUCGAGAACGGUAACCUGCGUGAAUUAGCAUUGGCUCGUAUGAAGGAUUUCGGUACUACCUGUCGUGAUGUCCGAACUCGUGAGGUCGGUAUCAAUGAAGUCAAGAACAAGAUCCGUCCCUCGCAAAUCGAGCUGAUUCGCCGUGACUACGCUGCCAACGGUGGUUGGGAGACUUUCCUGGCCUACGAGGAUCCCAAGCAGGAUAUUCUUAUCGGUCUUCUUCGUCUCCGCAAGUGCAGUGACACUCACACUUUCCGUCCUGAGUUUACUGGUCAACAGACCAGUAUCGUUCGUGAGCUCCACGUUUAUGGAACAGCUGUCCCUCUUCACGGACGCGAUUCUCGCAAAUUCCAACAUCGUGGCUUUGGUACCCUGCUGAUGGAAGAGGCUGAGCGUAUUGCGCGCGAGGAGCAUGGCAGUCGCAAGAUCAGCGUUAUCUCCGGUGUUGGUGUGCGCAGCUACUACGCUCGUCUUGGCUACACGCUGGAUGGUCCUUACAUGUCCAAGAUGCUGGACCCUUGGGAGGAUGAAGAGUGA